AUGCCCAAGAGAAAGGCUGAAGGAGAUGCUAAAGGAGAUAAAGCCAAGGUGAAGGAUGAGCCACAGAGAAGAUCUGCAAGGUUAUCUGCUAAACCUGCUCCUCCAAAGCCAGAGCCCAAGCCUAAAAAGGCCCCUGCAAAGAAGGGAGAGAAGGUACCCAAAGGGAAAAAGGGGAAAGCUGAUGCUGGCAAGGAUGGGAAUAACCCUGCAGAAAACGGAGAUGCCAAAACAGACCAGGCACAGAAAGCUGAAGGUGCUGGAGAUGCCAAGUGAAGUGUGUGCAUUUUUGAUAACUGUGUACUUCUGGUGACUGUACAGUUUGAAAUACUAUUUUUUAUCAAGUCUUAUAAAAAUGCAGAAUUUUGUUUUACUUUUUUUUUAAGCUAUGUUAUUAGCACACAGAACACUUCAUUGUUUUGGGGGAAGGGCAUAUGUCACUAAUAGAAUAUCUCCAAAGCUAGAUUGAUACAAGGGGAAAAACACCUUUCCCUUCUAGUUUUGAGAAACUUCCUCUUGGCUCCCAGGAGGAGGGAUUCCUUGAUGUUGACACACAUGAGCCGCCUUGGCACAAAUCCCUCGGUGGUGUGGAAAAACUAAAACUCAUUUUUUUAUGUCUUCUUCUCCCUGUCUGCCUUCAACAUAGACUUGACUCCCUUAAACCCAGAGACCUGUUGGAACCUGACCCCCAAGACAUGGUUCCCAGUAUGUCAGGCAAUCUGGACUUUACAGUGUCACCACUGAGAUGGCAUCCCUCAAAAAAGUUCCUUUUUUAGCUCAUGGAUCUUCAGAUUGAUAAUUCUGCCAUUUUCAUUUCAUUUCCUGAAAGUCAGGGUCGGCUUGUGAAAAGUUGUUAAACAACAUGCUAAAUGUGAACUGUCAACCCUCACUCUAAACUUUCCCUGUUCAGAGCAUCUACAUGAAGACUUCAUUGGGUUUUAUAGUGGCUUUCUGAUUUUGGUAGUCCAUUGAAGAAGGGAUUUGAA